CAAUGUCCGUUAACAACAAUUAAUCACAUUAGAACAAGUUGAGGAGGGUAACGAUGUCCCCACUAGAACCUCGGAACUUCGCUAAUUGCUCCGGUCUUGGGCGCGACAGCAAUGGCGUCCAUUCCACAUCCGAUGGCGAUUGCUUUCACAUCUUUGCACUUGCCAUGUGAUUACCCGCCCUCGCGCACUUCUACGCUGGCUAUUUCGUCAAAUCCACACUCCUUUUAUUUCCAAUUUAUAUAUUCAUUUCUUUCUCGCACUGCACAACCCACUCCACGCGAGCCACGCUCCAUUACACUCAGAAAAUUCUCCUUUCCCCUUUUGAUAUCCGAUCCAGUAACCUGAUCGUUUACAAAGCCCGCACCUAUCGAUCUUUUCUUGUGCAACGAUGUAAUUUUAUCUACUACUUUAACCAGGAUUUCUGUACGAAUUGGCGGUGAGUUUGGGGCUGUGAAUCUGUGAUUGGAGUUUUUUUUUGUGAUGACGUCACUGGAGUGGCAGUGAGACCGUUCUCUAUAUCUGGAUCUCGUAACCAUCCUCUCGUCGUCGACCAUGGAAAAUCUUAGUGACUCAAAUAUGGGUCCACAUUUGAGUUUGUUUGCAGCCUUGUCAUAUGGGAUUGCUUCAAUGGCGAUGGUUUUUAUCAAUAAGGCCAUACUUAUUCAAUAUGCGCACUCAAUGACCCUCCUCACUUUGCAGCAAUUGGCAACCACCUUACUUAUACACAUGGGUCAAAGAAUGGGAUACACAAAAUCCGGAUCUUUAGAUAUGUUGAUGGCUAGAAAGCUUCUCCCAAUUUCACUGUUUUACAAUGCUAACGUGGCAUUUGCAUUGGCGAGUUUAAAAGGAGUUAAUAUUCCAAUGUAUAUCGCGAUAAAGAGACUCACGCCACUUGCAGUCCUAGUUGCUGGAUUAUUUUCUGGAAAAGGGAGACCUACAACACAGGUGUCUCUUUCUGUUCUAUUGACUGCUGCUGGAGUUAUCAUUGCUGCGCUGGGAGAUUUUUCAUUUGACCUUUUUGGAUACAGCAUGGCCCUUACUUCUGUUUUUUUCCAGACCAUGUACCUAGUCUUGGUUGAGAAGUCUGGUGCAGAGGAUGGGCUUUCUUCAGUUGAAAUCAUGUUCUACAACAGUACUUUGUCCCUUCCAUUUUUGCUGUUUCUCAUCAUAGCUACAGGAGAGUUUCCAAGUUCUAUAUCACUAUUAUUUGCAAAGAGUAAUUCCUUAUACUUUUUGGUGAUCCUUAUUCUUUCAUUGGUAAUGGGCAUUGUCCUCAACUUCACCAUGUUUUUAUGUACCAUAGUCAACUCUGCUUUAACAACAACAAUAGUUGGCGUUCUUAAAGGGGUUGGCUCCACGACCCUUGGUUUUGUGUUACUGGGUGGUGUUCAAGUUCAUGCUUUGAACGUGACUGGAUUGAUUAUCAACACUGCUGGUGGUGUGUGGUAUUCAUAUGCCAAGUAUCAACAAAAGAAGAACAAGCCAAUAAAGAUAAUGUCAGAUAUUGAGGCGCAUCGUAAAUAAAAAGCGGUAUGGAGGGAUAGCAGGUGCUAACAGCUGCUGUCUGUGACCAUUCAACUACCUUUUAAAUUGUACCACUAAGUAACAAAGUGAUGAUUAAAUUACUUUCUUUUGUAUUUCUCAUUGUAGUCAGUAAAGCUUAAACAUGUGUUCAAUUUAACAGCCUAUCUUUUGUACAUGGAGCAAUCAAAUGCCAACACGACAUGAUUAAGGAUGUUGAGAAAGAUAAAAA